AUGGUGAUGUCUGUUGUGAAACGCGAUUAUAUUGCUCAUUGGUGUUUACAUGUUGCUGCUCUCGCGAGAUUAAAAUCAAAUGCAUCUAAACAAUGUCUAAAUACUUCUAUAAGAGAUAUCAAUGUUCUGAGUGCAAUCGGUGCGCGUUUUGCCGGUAUUGGUCAUCAAGGCCUCGUAAAGCUCUAUGCUAUAUUGAACGUACCACUUCCAAUUGAUGAAGAUCAUUUCUCUGAUACCCUCGAUUAUUUAAUUCCAACAUUUGAAUCAUACAAGCUUCGGUCAAUGAAAACUGCUGUCGAAGAAGCUUGUAAGAAAUCAAAUGGACGUGAAAUUACUGUUAGUGGCGAUGGUACUUGA